AUGGUGGGUGACUCCGAGUGGACCGCGAUCGACGCCACACUCAUCCGGUGGUUCUUCACCACCAUCUCGAAGGACCUGUUUCAUACAGUCGUGAGCAAUGGUGAUGACGCCCGCGCCGUGUGGGUCAAGCUCAACGGCCUCUUCACCGACAACAAGCUUCAGCGCCGCUCUAUCGAUGACUACUGCCGCCGCCUGAAGACGGUGGCGGAUGAACUCCGUGACAUCUGCACCAAGGUUGAUGACGACCUCCUCCUCAGCACGCUCACCGCCGGCCUCAACGAGGACUUCGGCAACGCCGCCUCCAACCUCACCUUGAUGCCGGAGCCCUCCUUCCCCAAGUUUGUGGCGUACUUGCGGUUGGAGGAGCGCCGGAUGAAGGGGGUCAAGAAGCGCGUGCAGCACCAUGCUCUCGCUGCCGGCACCUCCCGUGGCGCCCCGCCGCCGGCCGCCCCCCGUGCCCCCAGGAUUUUUUCCCCUCCCACCCGCGCCCCCGCCCCUCCCGCUGCCCCCCAGCAGCAGUCGUAG